GUCACGGCUGGGAUAUAAAUUCAAAAAGUCGCCUCUCUCUCCCCACCGCCACGCGGCUGAUUUUCUUGAACGAUUUUUGUUUAAAAAACACAUCAAUAAAGAUGUUCACAUAUUUACGGAGCCGGUGAACUUACAACUCGACCUUGCGAGCGAUGAAGAAAACCACGAAGCAACUUGCAAAGGAACUUGGGUUUAUCAGAAAACGGACGUCAUCUCCGUCGGUUGCUGGAGCAACUGAAAAACGAGUACGAUCACAUCAACUAUUCGCCUAUCUCAUCGUCAUUGAUUUUGAAUCAACCUGCUGGAAUGAUGGGCGGCCACGCAAUGGGCAAGAAAUAAUUGAGUUUCCUGCCGUCCUGUUGAAUGCCGCCAAUGGACAAAUUGAAAAUGAGUUUCGCACGUACCUCCAACCACAGGAGCAUCCUUUACUCUCCGCCUUUUGUACAGAGCUUACAGGUAUUCAGCAGCACCAAGUGGAGGCUGGCGUGCCCUUGCACAUUUGCCUCUCGCAGUUUGGUCACUGGCUCAGGAAACUGCAAGAAGAGAAGAACAUUGUGUUUGCAAGGGACCUUGAGAGGGAUGCAUGCGAAGGCAAGAAGCCGUGUGCGUUUGUAACAUGGUCAGACUGGGAUCUAGGAGUGUGCCUCAAGGGCGAGUGUCAGAGGAAACAGAUACGAAGACCUGAUGUUCUCAACAGCUGGAUUGAUUUGAGAGUAACUUACCGGAUGUUUUAUGAACGCAAGCCAAAGGGUCUGAAUGGAGCAUUGCAGGACCUUGGUAUAUGCUUUACUGGAAGAGAGCAUUCAGGUCUUGAUGAUGCCAGAAAUACAGCACAGCUGGCGUGGAGGAUGAUUUGUGACGGAUGCACCAUGAAGAUCACCAAGUCUAUCGAUAGAGCACAGGGAUAUCGUUCAAGUGUCCCACCGGUCAAUACGCCAGCAGAGGAGAGGGGGUCCAGCAAAGGGCUUGAUGAAAUAGCAGGCCCCAGCAGAAGAGCAAUGACAUACUCUGAGCAUUCGGAGAUUAACACAAAACGUGCCUCAAUUCGCAGCCUCGAACGGCAAAGAAAAUGGGCAACAGGUGCGUCCACCUACUGCGUCUAACAGCACCAAUGGUGAUCACUUUCUUGGUCAAGGCAGCUCUUCAACAGCCCACAAUUCCGUGUUCCAGAGCAUUGUUUCUCCUUGUACCUUAAUAGCAGGAAAUGUGUCCGUAGGACAUCUGAAUGAAACUGACAGGAGAAGUGUAUAUUUAGCACCGGAUACGUCUGUUGUGCAAAGGCUACUUCUGCACAAUAGUCCCAAUGUUGCCAAUACUGGUCGGUCACCGACCACUGCUGAACACGUCAUGGUGCCCACCGUGAUGAGUAGUGGAGGCGGUGUCAAUAUGAACUUGACUGAUAAACAUCUUGGAGGGCAGCAGAUGAUGACACCGCCUCUGGUGCGCAGUGGUGGUUUCGCAUCACCCGUCCAGGGUUACUCAAAACAACAGAAGGAUGAUGAUGCCUCAAAUCGACAAAUCUUCACAACUCCGAUGUGCGUCAGUCGGACGUUACGUGUGUGCGACCAGUCUACACCAAAAUGUGACGUUUAUACACCUCAGAAUGGGCUGUUUAAAAAGCCAAGUCCACCGACGGGCAGCGCUUUGAAACAGCGAAACACAAAUUACAUGCCGACUCCAUCAAACCCACAGACCGGCAAAUGUAAACCCGCAGAAGGAUUUGUCUUGUGCGGUGAGAAGAAAAGUUCACCAGAUGUCGUCUUCCGUGGAAGCGAUUCUAGGAAUGGUACACUGACACCUGUCAAUCUCACCUCGUGGAGAUCGAUGACUGUUACGCCAGUGACCUCCACUUCCAGAAAUUCGUUCGUGGGCAAGGUGACCCCACCUCUGUGUCAGUGUGGGCGACGCUCGAAACGACGCACCGUUUCCAAAGCGGGCCCGAACGAGGGAAGGAUGUUCUUCUCCUGCCGUGUUAGCAAAGCUCUUGGCUGUGAUGGAGACUGCAACGGCUGCGGAUUUUUCAAAUGGGAGAGUGCCUAUCUGGCCCAGCAGUUCAAAUGAAAACUUCUGCCAUUGUGACUAUAACCUGUUUUACUGUUUAGCUUGCCCAAGGUGCACACAAGAAAUCACGUGGUCUGAUGUCCAAACACUGCAUAACUAAUGUUUACAAUGCCGACUCCACAUUUCCACAUUUUUCCCAAGGAUAUGAGUAUGUCGUAUAAUGGGCCUGUCAUAAAAUGAUUUAUGCCCAUGUGAGUUUCGCACAAGAAUGAAAAAUGAUUUGAUCAUGGAUACAAUUAUAGGGUGUGCAUGGUCGAUUUUUUUUUAGAUAAUAAAAGUUGUGCAGCGAUAUUACUUUCUAUAUUUGACCAGCCCUACAGUAAAAGCAAAUGUGUUUUCAGCCUUAAACUCCCAAAUGUCCUUAGAGACAACUAAAAAGAAAACAGCCCUAAAUAUUGCAUAUGAUGACAUAUCUGUGUGUGUGUAUAUAUCUACAGCCUUGUCAGCACUGCAUGAUGAAGGCCUUCCCAUGGUUUGUGAGUUUUGGGGGUUAAUUGACCAUACUUCACCACGCUGGCCAAUGCGGUUUCGUGAACGCUGACUGCACAGUGUGAUCUUCGUGUGCGCUGCCCUCUUGUGAAUGUUCUUGACGCUGUAAAUGUAUUAGACAUUGUAGAAAUAUACUGUAACUUGUAGCAGAUUGAAACGCGCAUGCGAGUAAUUUCGUGUUUGACUUGACACCCUUGCAAACGAGAGAUGUUCCAUCUCGAGCGGUUUACCCAAGUGAAAUAUUUCAAUGAAUAAACUGGGGAGCAUAGUAGUGCAACACAACAUUCGACGGUUGAUGCAGUGCAUCGGUGACCGCCCAUACAGGCACGAUCCAGGCUCAAGGCUGCUGUGCGUCCCAACGUGUGACUUGAUCACGUGACCGUUAUUUAUGAAGCAUCACCGUCUCGUGUUCACAUUUGCAUUGCGGCUCUUGAGACAUUGAGGGUGUUUUUUGUUGUACCGAUUUCAAAAAAAUUGUCUCUGUCAUUUUGGUUCCCGACCCCUGGCCGAUGCUGACUGCCGUGUGUAGAAUGGCAAUGCCUCGACUUGCCAACGAGUGGCACUGCAGCUCGGAGUUCAAUUUAGCAUUGUGUUUACGUUACUUAAACAGAAACAUUUUACAAAAUGACAAUGGUUAAAACAAGUGGAUUGUGUUUAUUUUGCAUGUUUAGUCAAUUCAACAAAUCGGCACAUUGACUUCGUGCCAACAAAUUAUUGCCCUCAUUUAAUUUCAGGUUUCGCAGCAACAAGUGGUCAAUCUGCCCUGACCAAUUGACCGCCCACAGCCAGUGCAGUGAUAAUUGUUUUUUUUACCCUUUUAUCUAGCAACAAAUAAAGCUGUCUCGGGUGUGGACCAAUCAAUUUUCAAGGACAGUGCAUACAUUAUCGGAGUUAUUUUUUUGUUUGCAUUCCGACUACAGGUAUUGUGGUCAAUGCAAACAUGACUUCUUGUAAAAAAGGUGUCUGUUAUGUUGCCAGAUAAAAGGGUAAAAAACCAAUUAUCAUAUUUUGUUACUGGCAAAUGAGGUGCCAGUGCAUUGUUCGUGUGUGCACGGUGUCACGGUAAUUCUCUAUAGAUGGUCACACAUCCGAUAUCCUCACAAAUUCGCCUAUAGCCGCAGUCCCCAUAGAGUAGAUUAUGCGACAUUAUACUGUAACAAAAACAAUAUCAAGAGUUUUGUAUUUUACAAACGUGUGCAUUUCAAAUUAUGUAACAAUGUAUACAUCCACUUGUGUUUAUAUACAUACGGCGUGAACAUAUGAAUGCUUUGUGAAAUAAUGUUUCGGAUAGGAAUUACAUUUCCAUUGAACUUAUCAUUGUAUUUACAUGUUUGAAGUGUAUCACUACAACUUGUAAUAAACACAU